UCCCUCCCUGCUGCGUCUCUCCCGUGGGGACUGGCGGUGUUGUGUUCCGUCUUCUUGGGCGUGAAAGGUUCGAGAGUCUCCUUCUCGGCGAGAAGCGGUGCCGGGCAUGUGCCAGGAGGCUCCCCGGAAAAUGGCCCGUAGAUGGGCGUUUGGAUGCCAUCCACGGCAGCAGCGCUGAGAGAGGAGGGGGAGCGAGACGAGGGACAGUGCUUUGUACUGGGCUGAGCAAUGAUGCCCCUCUUCCGCUGCAGCAAUCCGAUCCUAGCUGGCGGCAGAAAUGCUGUAUUUGAUACUCUGCAGAAAAGAUAUAUAGAUUUCGAGCAGCUAAAGAACUAAUACAGACUCAACCGCGAAUCCAGGAGGACACCCAAGUUGCGUGCCCUGUCUACCAGGGGGGUAAGACUUCACUCCCUAUAGCCAACGAUGGAACCUCUCCUUCGGACCAAGAUGCUGGUAUUCACAGCCACUCAGUCUUGGCAGGGUUGAGCCGAAGCCUGUUCCUCCCCAUCCAGAUCCGCACCGCUUCCAGGCACCGGGACAUACAGCCUCAAAUAGUCCUCGUGAAGAAGGAAAUAGCUUACAGGUUGUCUAGAUGUCUUCAAAAAAAGGAAAAUCCAAGACUGAAAAGCAGUGUCCAUCACGGCAUAGCGGUGGUGGCAACAACACUAUCUUCUCCUUCAUCUACCGACGAAGAAGAUGAAAGGGUUUUGAGUUUUGGACGUUUGUCGAAGGUGUUGUUUUUAGAGCUAGUUUAUUCUGUUCUACGCCUGCUUCACUGAAUUGCGAUUAAAGUGAAUAUCCCUGAGAGGAUUACCAUCAGAGAGAAAUCUUUAUAUUUUUCUUCUGAAAACUUCCACUGUUGAAGUAACCUUAUAUUUUGGGCCACAGUCAUGUGGUCAUCACAGUUGCUGCUGUUCUUCACAAUUCUCUUGGUAUCUACAGUCCAUGCUUUUAGUCGUGCUCCUGUUCCUAUGGCAGUGGUCCGGAGGGAACUCUCUUGUGAAAGCUACCCAAUAGAGCUCCGUUGCCCAGGAACAGAUGUUAUCAUGAUUGAAAGUGCCAACUAUGGCAGGACAGAUGAUAAAAUCUGUGACUCAGAUCCUGCUCAGAUGGAGAAUAUCCGCUGUUAUCUGCCAGAUGCUUAUAAGAUUAUGACUCAAAGGUGUAGCAACCGGACCCAAUGUGCAGUGGUUGCUGGCCCAGAUGUGUUUCCUGAUCCUUGUCCAGGAACUUACAAGUACUUGGAAGUGCAAUAUGAAUGUGUCCCUUACAAAGUGGAACAAAAAGUUUUUCUUUGCCCUGGACUACUAAAAGGAGUAUACCAGAGUGAACAUUUAUUUGAAUCUGAUCACCAGUCAGGAGCCUGGUGUAAGGAUCCACUGCAGGCUUCUGACAAGAUUUACUACAUGCCAUGGACACCAUACAGAACUGACACUCUGACAGAAUAUUCUUCCAAAGACGAUUUCAUUGCUGGAAGGCCAACUACAACUUACAAGCUCCCACACAGAGUGGAUGGCACAGGGUUUGUGGUGUACGAUGGGGCUUUAUUCUUCAACAAAGAAAGAACAAGGAACAUUGUCAAAUUUGAUCUACGGACAAGAAUAAAAAGUGGGGAAGCUAUCAUUGCUAAUGCCAACUAUCACGAUACAUCCCCUUAUAGAUGGGGAGGCAAAUCUGAUAUAGACCUGGCUGUUGAUGAGAACGGUCUUUGGGUGAUCUAUGCAACGGAACAAAAUAAUGGUAAAAUAGUCAUUAGUCAGCUAAACCCUUAUACCUUGAGGAUUGAAGGGACAUGGGAUACUUCCUAUGACAAAAGGUCAGCUUCCAAUGCAUUCAUGAUCUGUGGCAUUUUAUAUGUAGUGAAAUCUGUGUAUGAAGAUGAUGAUAAUGAAGCUACAGGAAAUAAAAUUGACUAUAUAUACAACACUGAACAAAGCAAGGAAAGUGUAGUGGAUGUUCCAUUUCCAAAUUCAUAUCAGUAUAUUGCUGCAGUGGAUUAUAAUCCAAGGGAUAACCUUCUUUAUGUAUGGAACAACUACCAUGUGGUUAAAUAUUCAUUGGAUUUUGGACCAAUGGACAGCAGAACAGGGCAAGUACAUCAUGGUCAAGUUUCCUAUCUUGUUCCUCCAAUUCAUCUAGACUCAGAUCUUGAAAGACAAUCAUUUAAAGCAUCAACAUCUGGAGGAACAGGCCUGGGUGGGACUACCACAGGCACAACAAGCAGAGUUAUUACAAGCAGCACUGUACACACAACCACUAUAUCAGCCUUGGGUAGAAGGAACAGAAGCACAACUACACUUUCUCCAGCUUUGGAUAGUCUGAAUGAAAUGACAACACAUCUGCCACCUGCCUCUUCCCAGCUGCCUGCAGUUGGUGCAGAGAGUUGUGAAACUGUGGAAGCUCGUGAAAUCAUGUGGUUCAAGACCCGACAAGGACAGAUGGCUAAGCAGCCAUGCCCAAAAGGCACUGUGGGCGUUUCUACGUUUCUGUGCCUUGCUCCUGGUGGAAACUGGGAUCCUCAAGGGCCAGACCUCAGCAAUUGUUCCUCACUUUGGGUCAAUCACAUCACUCAAAAGUUGAAAUCAGGAGAGACAGCUGCCAAUGUUGCUAGAGAACUUGCUGAACAAACAAAAAGCCACUUGCAUGCAGGGGAUAUCACUUAUUCGGUUCGUGCCAUGGACCAGUUGGUGGGAUUAUUGGAUGUGCAGCUUCGAAACCUGACACCUGGUGGGAAAGACAGUGCCGCACGAAGCUUAAACAAGCUUCAGAAACGGGAACGUUCUUGUAGAGCUUAUGUCCAGGCCAUGGUUGAAACAGUUAAUAACCUUCUGCAGCCACAAGCUCUAAAUGCAUGGAGGGACCUUCCUGCACGUGAUCAGCUGCGGGCAGCCACCAUGUUACUGGACACUGUGGAAGAAAGUGCCUUUGUGCUUGCAGAUAACCUCCUUAAGACUGAUAUUGUGAGGGAGAGCACAGACAAUAUUCAGCUGGAAGUUGCAAGGCUAAGCACAGAUGGAAACCUGGAAGAUCUUAAAUUUCCACAGAAUACUGGCUUUGGCAGCACCAUCCAGUUGUCAGCAAACACAUUGAAACAGAAUGGCCGAAAUGGUGAAAUCAGAGUGGCCUUUGUCCUAUACAACAAUCUGGGCCCCUAUCUGUCCACAGAGAACGCCAGCAUGAAAUUAGGGAUGGAAGCCAUGUCUACUAAUCAUUCUGUUAUAGUGAAUUCUCCCAUCAUCACAGCAGCAAUUAAUAAGGAGUUCAGCAAUAAGGUUUACUUGGCUGAUCCUGUUGUGUUCACUGUCAGACACAUUAAGCAGUCAGAAGAAAAUUUCAACCCCAACUGUUCAUUCUGGAGUUAUUCUAAACGCACAAUGACAGGAUACUGGUCAACUCAAGGUUGUCGGCUCCUCACAACAAACAAGACACACACAACAUGUUCCUGUAAUCAUUUAACCAACUUUGCUGUUCUGAUGGCUCAUGUGGAAGUGAAGCAUGGAGAUGCAGUCCAUGAUCUGAUCCUGGAUGUCAUCACUUGGGUCGGCAUUCUUCUGUCCCUUGUCUGCCUCCUGAUCUGCAUUUUUACUUUCUGCUUCUUCCGCGGACUCCAAAGUGACAGAAACACUAUCCAUAAGAACUUGUGCAUCAGCUUGUUUGUGGCAGAACUUCUCUUCCUUAUUGGAAUCAAUAGGGCAGAUCAACCAAUAGCCUGUGCUGUGUUUGCCGCUCUCCUGCAUUUCUUCUUCCUCUCUGCUUUCACUUGGAUGUUUUUGGAAGGAGUACAGCUCUACAUAAUGUUGGUGGAAGUCUUCGAGAGCGAACAUUCACGUAGAAAAUACUUCUAUUUGGUUGGCUAUGGCAUGCCUGCUGUAAUUGUAGCUGUUUCGGCAGUAGUAGACUACAAAAGUUAUGGCACUGGAAAAGUAUGUUGGCUUCGACUUGAUACCUAUUUCAUUUGGAGUUUUAUAGGACCUGCAACUUUGAUCAUUAUGCUUAAUGUAAUCUUCCUUGGAAUUGCCCUUUAUAAAAUGUUUCAUCAUACUGCCAUUCUGAAACCUGAAUCAGGGUGUCUCGACAAUAUCAACUUUGAGGAUAACAGACCCUUCAUCAAGUCAUGGGUUAUAGGUGCAAUAGCUCUGCUCUGCCUAUUGGGACUCACCUGGGCCUUUGGACUUAUGUAUAUUAAUGAAAGCACGGUGAUCAUGGCGUACCUCUUCACCAUUUUCAAUUCUCUGCAGGGAAUGUUUAUAUUCAUUUUCCAUUGUGUUCUCCAAAAAAAGGUACGUAAAGAAUAUGGGAAAUGCCUGCGUACACAUUGUUGUAGUGGGAAAAGUACAGAGAACUCCAUCGGCUCAGGAAAAACUUCUGGGUCACGAACUCCUGGACGGUACUCCACAGGAUCACAGAGCCGAAUUCGCAGGAUGUGGAAUGACACUGUUCGAAAGCAAUCAGAAUCCUCCUUCAUCACUGGUGAUAUAAACAGUUCAGCAUCACUUAACAGAGGAGCCAUGGCUAACCAUCUUAUAACCAAUGCUCUCCUUCGUCCUCAUGGCACUAACAACCCUUAUAACACAUUGCUCGGGGAAUCGGCCGUCUAUAACAACCCUUCUGUCAGCAUGUACAACACACCAGAGCCCUACAGAGAGACAAAGGGGCUUCUGAACAAUGCCAGGGAUACAAGUGUCAUGGAUACUCUACCACUGAAUGGUAACCACGGCAAUAGCUACAGCAUUGCUAGCAGUGAGUACUUGAGCAACUGUGUGCAAAUAAUUGACCAUAGCUAUAACCACAGUGAGACUGCCUUAGAGAAAAAGAUUCUGAAAGAACUCACUUCCAAUUAUAUACCUUCCUACCUGAACAAACAUGAAUGUUCUAAUGAACAAAGUAGGAAUCUGAUGAACAAAUUUGUCAAUAAUCUUGGCAGUGGGAGUGACGAUGCCAUUGUUCUCGAUGACGUCACCUUGUUUAACCAGGAGGAGAACCUGGGCUUAGAACUCAUUCAUGAGGAAUCAGAUGCCCCACUGUUACCCCCAAGGGCAUAUUCUGCAGAGAACCACCAGCCUCACCAUUAUAGCAAAAGACGGAUUCCACAAGACAACAGUGAAAGUUUUUUUCCCUUGCUAACCAAUGAGCACACAGAAGAUCUCCAGUCACCGAAUAGGGAUUCUCUUUACACUAGUAUGCCUGCUCUGGCCAGCAUGCCAGGCACAGAAAGUGUCACCACCAGCACUCAGACCGAUCCCCCAUCAACUAAAGGUGGCGAUGGCGAUGAUGUGUACUACAAGAGUAUGCCAAACCUGGGCUCCAGGAACCAUAUCCAACAGCUACACACUUACUAUCAGUUGGGGCGGGGCAGUAGUGAUGGAUUUAUAGUUCCACCAAACAAGGAUGGGACCCUAACAGAAGAAACCUUGAAAGGACCAGCUCACUUGGUCACUAGUCUAUAGAACACUAAGUAAACAUUUUAAUAAAACAAAUGCUCCCUGUACAACAUCUGGAUUAUUGUCUGGAUUUAAAUCAAAGCAGUGGUAAUAUUGUGUGUUCUCCUACUCCAUAUUGUUCUAAACAACCAACAGUUCUCAUAACUUUUUAAUGGAAUCGAUAGGCCCACAAAGGAAAAAAGGCUAACUGCCUGUUGUUCCCCCUCACCCAACACAUACACUGGCGUCACAUCAGAGAGACCAUAUGCUAAUAAAUGAGAUACAGAAGGAAGUGGUCCAUUGUGUGGCCUUCUCACAUUAUACUGUAUUUGUUUAAGCAUCUUUGGGUGCUGUCUUCUUAGUACCAAGGACCUGACUUACAAAAGGCCAAACAUGCAUUUGAAACUACUAGCAAUGAUGCGUCUAGAUUGGAGUGCUGCACAAAACAGAAGCAAAAAUAGCAAAACUGUUUAUUCUGAAUCUGUAUCACAUAAUAGUUUGGGGUUUUUGGUUUGGGCUUUUUUUGUGUAUGUGUGUCUCUCUUUCUCUCUCUCUCACCACUUAAUUUAGCCAAAGCUCACUGAACUGUGGAGCAAACAACAUCUAAUGAAAUAGAAAAAAAGUUGGUAAUUGUAUGCUACAUGGUAUAUUUUUAUGUUUUUCUGUAUUAACUGAUGAUAAUUCUAAUGGCAGAAAAAAUGGAACAGUUCCUAUGUAAUGUACAGAUACUAGCAUUGCACAUAUAGUCUACUCUUUGUUCCGCCAAAACUUGCGUCCCUGUUAAUGUGGUGGAAAAAAACUUUUUCUGUUGUGCUGGUCUUGCAAGUUUGUCUACCAGUAGAAACAAUUCUUUUCAUGUAUUCUUUAUUUGGCCUUUUUUCCUCUCUCUCUCAUUUAAAAAAAAUCACUGAGUAAACAAAGUAAUGAUUCUUUAAUUUUGGGUUAUGUGAUAUCACACUCUGUGUUUGUGUGUAUGUUUGUGUGUCAGUAUGCAAUAUAUAUAAAUGUGCAUAUAGACACAGAUAAACAUCCACACAAUAUACUCCAUUUCUUCUAUCUACGGAUUUGCCAACAGUUUCUUUUUUUCAGAUUAGAAACUUGAUCCACGUGUGUUUCCAGGGCACAAUUGAUGAGAUGCAGCAGCCUUUGUGGUCAUCAGUCCCUUCACCAAGGCAUUAUGUCCCUUCCAGUAGCUGGGAUUUUAUAAUGGGAUUUAUGCAGAUGAACAUAAUGCCUUUACAGGAGUCAAAAUCUAACCUCAGGCUAGGAACUUUCACUGCGAUGGUUUGAAAAACUGCUUCAUAGCAAAGAUAUUUUUAAAAGCCUAUUUUGAAGUGGUAAAAAAAUAUAUACAAACCCUUCCAUUAUUUUUCCUAACAGGAAAUGUAUUUAUUUGACAAGAUUUAAAGUAAUGUAGACCUUCCCAGAAGGUAAAUUAGCAGCACAGAUUUUACUCUUUUUUUUAAUUUAUGAUGCAUUUUGUAUGGUCACCCAGUUGAAUGACCUCAUUACUAAUAUUUGUUGUAACAGUGAAAUUUGUUUGCCAACCAAUAAACAACUGAUUAAGAUUUAGAAGGCACUGUAUAUAUGUCCUGUACAAUCAGUCUCUUCUGAUUUAUCUCCCUUUCUAUCUUUAGCAAAAGAAUAUUAGUUCUUUUAGUGCUGAAGGUAGCUAUACAAAUGAAAGGAUUACUCAGCACAGACUGAUGUAGAGAAGGAAAUAAACCAGGUAUCUAAACUUGUGAGGCAGGCAUAAAAACGAAGGGCCUGGGGUUUAGUUGGGGAUACACGGACUUUAGCUUUAGCUAAAAAGAGGAGCUAUUUUUUUUUACAUACAUUUUUCUACCAUAUUUAUACUAUAUGUAGCAUUUACUGUUUGAUGGAUCUUUGUAGAUCAUACCAGCCCAUAACAUAGUGGCAUGAAACAGUCCCUGUGCACCUUUUAUGUAGCCAUUUUGAAGAGUUAAUUUCAACAGAUAACAGAAGGCCCUUAACUCCACUACUGAUAUUAUAUGAGUGCUGUAGGGCACUCCUGGAGUAAUCUGUGAAUGCAGAAUUCAUGUUUGCAGUUGUGGAUAACAGCAAUAGCCCUUAUGAUACUCACAGGUGAUAAAACUGGGAAUUAACUCAGUCUUCCUGUUACAGCUACCCAGAAUACUAGAACAGGAUGUAGUACAGGUAGUCCUCGACUUACAACAGUUCAUUCAGUGACCAAAGUUACAACGGCACUGAAAAAAGAGACUUAUGACCAUUUUUCACUUAAGAUUGCAGCAUUUCCCCCCUCCCCCAGUUACAUGAUCAAAAUCCAGACACAUGGCAACUGACUCAUAUUUAUGACCAUUGCAGUGUCCCAGGGUCAUGUGAUCACCAUUUGCAACCUUCUUACAAGCAAAGUCAAUGGGGAAGCCAGAUUCACUUUACAACUGUGUGACUAACUUGACAACAGCAGUGAUUCACUUAACAACUGUGGCAAGAAAAGUCAUAAAAUGGGGUAAACAUUGACUUAACAAACGUCUCACAUAGCAACAGAAAUUUCGGGCUCAAUUUUGGUCAUAAGUCGAGGACCACCUGUAUACAGAGCAAGGGACUUCUUGAUCAGCUUUGGGAUUUGCUUAAUUCUCUUCUCCCUAUCAUAAUCCCAAGAAAAAUCCUAAUUGUUACAUUAUUUCCAUUUUCAGAAGCAUUUGGAUGAAUUCCUUGAAACAGAAGUAGCAGCUGCUUCAAGGAUGUUCCAGCUCUUACUUGGUUGAAGCUACUGUAUUAUGAAGGGCACAUUACUUGCAUUAAUGGCAUUCACGUACAGUAAUGGCUAAUUUGAUUCUGUUUUGUGAAACAGAAAUGCAAACACAUUUGAAGUUUCUCCUAGAUCUUUUGUUCUUGUUUUACUACUUGGUCCUCGUUAAUUCUCUGGAAAGGCAAUAUUAUUCUCAGUUGCUUUAACUGGCUUUAACCAUGGAGAAAACCUUCUAAAUUCAGGAGGAGAUCAAAUAGCUGUGCUGAAUUGUAUCCUUUGAAGAGAUGUGGAUAAAAUCUCUUUGCUAUUCCAUACACCCCCAACCUAAGUGCUCUUUUGUUGAUACUUGCUUGCAGGAUUUUGCAAAAUAAAAUUAAAAUCCACCAGUUCUAUCUGAAGUUGAUUUAUUGAGACACAUUCAUUAAUAAUUUUUAAGUGACUUGAUCAGGAAAAGAUUAGAAUAAACAAAGAAAAUAGAAGAGGACAUCUCAGGAAAUGAGAUAUGACCAACAUAAUUUAUUACUUUUGUGAGUGUUGUGCACAUUCUUCCAGCUUAUAGGAACAUCUCAGGUAAAUUUUCCCUGAAUUUACAUGGAAACAGACCAAUAUUUUUCAUAUCCCUAUCUUUUAGCCCAGUGCAGGUGACAAUCAAGACUGAAUCAAUGCGUGGAGGGAAAUAACAUUUCAUCCACUCUUUCCAUCUCCCAAUCAACACACGACACACAGAAAUGUUCAUCAAUGAUAACUGUCCUUUGCAAAAGACAGUCCUUUUAUUAUUGCAUUUUUCUUACCUCAGUGUACUAAAAUCAACAGCAUGGACUUCCACCACCUGUUGUCAUUUUUCUCUUGUGUGUGUGUGUGUGUGUGUGUGUGUGUGUGUGUGUGUUCUCCUCCCACAAAAAUAUGCAAAUGUCAGCGCCCAAUCAUUCAGUUCUAUGCAGAUGCAAUGCAUUGCCAAGAUCCAGCUGACUACCGAUCAGCUGUAAACCUGACCAAAGAAGGAGUUCUGCUCCCUUGCCAUAUGUGCAGGGGAAGAUAAGAAAGAAAGAUUAAGGCAGCUGAUGAAAGAGCAACCCUUGCAACUUCUGUGACAAAGAAGAUCUCUCAGUGAGAGAUAAGCCCAGUAAGAAAGCUACCAUGAAAGAACUACAAGUAUCAAUGAGUAUAUGGCUUAGCUCUGAGGGGCAAACAGGAAUACACAACACGUUAGAAAUGCACAGGCUACUAAACUCUAGGUGGUGGGAGAGCCAUUUCAUUGACUCUGCAAGACUUAAAUGCUGAACAUAAAGCUCACAACUGAACACUAAAUUUUAUUUUCUCCCUCUCUGAUUUAUCACCUUAUUUGGCCACACCUCUUGACGUGUCUUCCUGCAUAGACCCCACAUUUCAAACAUACACUCAAAUCUUUGUUACAGUAUAUUAGAUAGCUGAAUACCAGAAGGAUAAAUUAGGGACAGAGUCUUCUCAAAACAUUAGUUGGGCUCCAAAAACCAAGAAAGGCACACUGAAGUUCUUCUAAGCAGUUUUAUUUAUUGUUUCUCAUCCAUAGAUGAAAUCUUUCCAAGAUAAAGCAAACUACUUACACCAUUAAAUAUAUUCUCUGAGGUCUCAUAUGAAAGAGCUGUUCUGGUUCUCUUUCUCCCACUCAAAUAUCUAAACUUCACUGUCUUUUUUUUUUUUUUUAAUUUGAUUUAUAUGCCGCCCUUCUCCGGAGACUCAGGGUGGCUUACAAUGUGCUAAGCAAUAGCCUUCAUCCUUUUGUAUAUUUAUACAAAGUCAGCUUAUUGCCCCCACAACUGGGUCCUCAAUUUACCUACCUUAGAAAGGAUGGAAGGCUGAGUCAACCUUGAGCCUGGCGAGAUUCGAACCUGUAGUAAUUGCAGGCAGCUGGUCUUAAUAACAGGGUGCUUUAGACCACUGUACUACCAAGGCUCCAGUCUUUUGCUGUCUGAAAUGUACUCCCUUCUUCUGGGAAUCCAGAAUAAAUUCCUUGUUAACGUAAUUAUUCAACUAAUAAGUGGCCUUUGUAAACAAAAAUGAUGCCAUGUAUGAAAACUGUAUAGGAUUGCUAUUGUUCAGGAUUCCACUGAGGACAGGAAACUAAGAACUCAGGUGGCACAAUUACACUAUUUUCCUUUCUGUUUUUAAGCCUAGAUCUUGCAGAACUACAACUCCAGCAAACCUAGGCAACAUUGCCAAUAAUUAGGAAUGCGACAAAGAUAAUUUGUGGCAUCCCUAAUUAGGGAUGAAGGAAUGAAGAGUGACACAUUAUCCAUCCCUACCUCACAUCAGAAACCUUGUCCUAACAUUGGGAUGUCAUUUCACAUACCAAAACUUUCUUGACCAGCCAUUGUUGACAAAUCAUAAGGCUACCCAUUCCCAUUUUACAGCAAUCUGAAGUUGCUGUUUUUAAUAUCUGAACAAGCAUUUUGCUGCCAGAAGUAAAAAAUAGAAAACUAUUUUUAAAAAUUUGGACUGAAUAUAUUUGUUUGUUUUACUUAUUUUUUAUCUUCUAUUAAGUAACAUUAUUAAGUAAACCAUAUAAUGACUUCAAUAUCACAUGAAUUGAUAGGCAUUGACAGAAAAUAGCUAUUCUUCCAAUAUUGCCCUUUUACAAUACUUUUAAUUGUAAUCAUAAAACUAUGCAAUGUCUAACUAUAUAGUUCCUCUGUUAAUUUCCAAUAUAAUUAAGAGACUAUGAUCAUCUACAGAAAUUAUGCUCAAAAAGAAAAAUAAAUUUUCUUUCAAAGGGAGCCACCGUAGCACAAGACCAAACCUUAUUAACUAAUGUUGUGUUUUGAAUACCAGAUUCCUAACAAUUAUAUUUAUCUAUACCAUUUUCCCCCAAAAAGGUUUAUAUACACUUUUUAUUGAAUUAAUUCCCUGCAUUACUAAGGGGGAGCAGGGGAAGGGAUAGGAAGCAAAACUGACAUGCAGGGUGUCAUUGAUAGGUAAAGCCAUCUCUUUCCACUCUCCAUAUCUUCUGUACCCAUGUCCCAAACCUGAGUAUCCUUCAGUUUGCCACCUUUCUGAUUCCUUUGGGCCGUUCACCUCCUUUUCUCAGGACAGAAGUUGAUACAAAAAAUGUAUGGUAAGAACUGACAGCAGACAUUUACCUAGGAAAAGCCUUCAUAUGAAUGACUUGGAUGGUUAAAGUGAACCCAGACAUUCCCUACCAUGAUUAGGGAUCAUAAACUAAGUUUGCUGGCUGGUAGAUGUAUGAACACUUCCCAUCCUAAUAUGAGCUCUCCAUUCCUCUUGAAUUAUAACUGCUGCUUUCUUUCUUUUACCUCCUUCACACUUGCCAGAUACAAUAAUUAUUUUAGUUCAUUAUCCACUCAGAUCUUCACAAGAAGUUAACCUGUAUCCUUAUGUCAUUUUGGGAUAUGUGCAUGAGUGUGUGCAAAUUUAAAUAUUCCCACAUAUAGUAUCUUGGAGACUUCCCUGGUACUGAGGAACUAAUACUUGAUAUAUUUUUUUUAUCCUGAUUUUGCUUCAAAUGAAGAGUUUGCCUGAGUUUGGAACUGGAUGGAACAAAUACAAACUGAAAACCAUUACAUUGCAGAGUACUUCUGAUCAGGAUUCCAAAUGCUCCAUUCUUUUGAGAUGUUCUUAAAUUGUGCAAAAUCGUUACCAUUUUGCUUACAAACACAGGCAUUUUCUGUGUUGAGCAUAAAUGCAAGGUAAAGGGAGGGUGGUAGAAAAGCAGCAUGUGAAAGAGACUCCUCCAAUGUGAGGCAUACCUUUCCAGACUUCUAGUCCAAAUUCUAGUUUCAUCUCUUUCUGAGGGAUACACUGCCUCUCUCCCUUGAAUUCCCCUCCCCCCACCCCCUGCACAUGUGUUUUGUGUUCACUGAGAAAGUCUGUUUCCUAGGGCUCUUGGAGAGCAUGCUUCCGCUUGAGUCUUUUAUCAUUUUCUGCAUUUUGCCACUGUUGCCUGGUACUUUCUUCAUGUUAAUGGAUGGUUCUGUUUUGGGAGAACUGAUUAACUAUUAAUAUAAACAUGCAGAUCACUCAGGGUCCAGGGUCUAAGCUAGUCUCUAAAGAGAUUGGAAAACAGAUGUCUAAAAAGCAAGUGUAUUUACUCUAAAGGGGACUUUAUUUCAGGUGCAAUUCUUUUUUUUUAAAAAAAGUUCUAAGCAUUUACAAGUGCAGCCAAUCUGCAUGCAAGUCAUUGGAAUGUGAGGUUUUUGCAGGUAAUGAUGUGUGAGUACUGAUCUGAGAACUAAUCCGAGGAAGAUCUUAAGCAGUCCAAGCUUUGACCUUAAAUGAAUAGUGAGCAACUCCCUCACAGAGCCUUCUAACCUGCUAAGAAAUAUAAUUGGGAAUCUGCAGGAUUUUUCAUGCCCUAUUCUCUCAACCCAUCUUGAAAGAAUUGACAAAAAAUCCUGAUGAACAAUAUAAAUGACCAGAAUUAAGCUAAUUUACCAGAAAGCUAUGAAAUAAAGAAAUAUCCUAAUUAUUACAUCUAUUAUCAUCCUGGAACAACCCCCUGCAUUCUGAUGAAACCUAAUUAUGCCCUUCAUCCUUUAGUGUCUGGGAAAUUGAUUACAUGCUAGAAAGUUUGAAUAAUCCAGAUCUUAUGCUUCCUUCUCUAAUAUGCAUUCAAAACUCUCCUGUACCACAUCAAGUUAGAUUUUUUUUAUCAUUCAAAUAUAUGGCCAACCUCUAGGUAAUGGUGACUAUGAUGCAGAAAUGGAAGGUCUCUUCAACAAAAUCCUCCCAGUCUUCACUAAAAGACUGGCAUUUGCUGAUCGCAGAUAAAUAAAAAUGAGAUUCUCAGCCUACCUAAUGACAUCUAACCUGGAUGCUUAUUGGCUUUGAUUUCAGACAAACAUCUCUGUACUGUUUUGAAAGCUGAGAUCCAACUCACACUGGUAACAUGUAACUAGCUGAUUUUACUGGUUUCAUAUAGAUGUGUGUUUGUUGCCUUCCUUAAUCUUCCUGUCUCCUCUCCAUAUCCAAAUAAACUUGUUUUUAUAUCUGGA